AUGGUUGCUUUCACUGUUGACCAAAUGCGUGGUUUAAUGGACCAAGUUACUAAUGUCCGUAACAUGUCCGUUAUUGCCCACGUCGAUCAUGGUAAAUCUACUUUAACCGAUUCUUUAGUCCAAAGAGCUGGUAUUAUUUCUGCUGCCAAGGCUGGUGAAGCCAGAUUCAUGGAUACCAGAAAGGAUGAACAAGAAAGAGGUAUUACUAUUAAGUCUACCGCUAUUUCCUUAUAUGCUGAAAUCCCAGAAGAAGAUGUCAAGGACAUCAAGCAAAAGACCUCUGGUAGCGGUUUCUUAAUCAACUUAAUCGAUUCUCCAGGUCACGUCGAUUUCUCUUCUGAAGUUACUGCUGCUUUAAGAGUUACCGAUGGUGCUUUAGUUGUCGUCGAUACCGUUGAAGGUGUUUGUGUCCAAACUGAAACCGUUUUAAGACAAGCUUUAGGUGAAAGAAUUAAGCCAGUCGUUGUCAUUAACAAGGUUGACAGAGCCUUAUUAGAAUUACAAGUUUCCAAGGAAGAUUUAUAUCAAACCUUCGCCAGAACUGUCGAAUCUGUUAACGUUAUUGUUUCUACCUACGCUGACCCAGUCUUAGGUGAUGUUCAAGUUUACCCAUCCAAGGGUACUGUUGCCUUCGGUUCCGGUUUGCACGGUUGGGCUUUUACCAUCAGACAAUUCGCCAACAGAUAUGCCAAGAAGUUCGGUGUUGACAAGAACAAGAUGAUGGAAAGAUUAUGGGGUGACUCUUUCUUCAACCCAAAGACUAAGAAGUGGACUUCUAAGGAAACUGAUGCCGACGGUAAGCCAUUAGAAAGAGCCUUCAACAUGUUCGUUUUAGACCCAAUCUUCAGAUUAUUCGCUGCUAUCAUGAACUUCAAGAAGGACGAAAUCCCAGUCUUAUUGGAAAAAUUAGAAAUCACCUUAAAGGCUGAUGAAAAGGACUUAGAAGGUAAGGCCUUAUUAAAGGUUGUUAUGAGAAAGUUCUUACCAGCUGCUGACGCUUUGUUAGAAAUGAUUGUCAUGCACUUACCAUCUCCAGUUACUGCUCAAAACUACAGAGCUGAACAAUUAUACGAAGGUCCAGCUGAUGAUGCUGCUUGUUUGGCUAUCAAAGCUUGUGAUCCAAAGGCUGACUUAAUGUUAUACGUCUCCAAGAUGGUUCCAACCUCUGAUAAGGGUAGAUUCUACGCUUUCGGUAGAGUUUUUGCUGGUACUGUCAAGUCUGGUCAAAAGGUUAGAAUCCAAGGUCCAAACUAUGUCCCAGGUAAGAAGGAUGACUUAUUCAUCAAGGCUAUUCAAAGAGUUGUUUUAAUGAUGGGUAGAUUCGUCGAACCAAUUGAUGACUGUCCAGCUGGUAACAUUAUCGGUUUAGUCGGUAUCGAUCAAUUCUUAUUAAAGACCGGUACUUUAACCACCUCUGAAACUGCUCACAACAUGAAGGUCAUGAAAUUCUCUGUCUCUCCAGUUGUCCAAGUCGCCGUUGAAGUCAAGAACGCUAAUGACUUACCAAAAUUAGUCGAAGGUUUAAAGAGAUUAUCUAAGUCCGAUCCAUGUGUUUUGACUUACAUGUCUGAAUCCGGUGAACACAUUGUUGCUGGUACUGGUGAAUUACACUUAGAAAUCUGUUUACAAGAUUUAGAGAACGAUCACGCUGGUGUUCCAUUAAGAAUCUCUCCACCUGUUGUUGCUUACAGAGAAACUGUUGAAUCUGAAUCUUCUCAAACUGCUUUAUCCAAGUCUCCAAACAAACAUAACAGAAUCUACUUAAAGGCUGAACCAAUGGACGAAGAGGUUUCUUUAGCUAUUGAAGAAGGUAAGAUUAACCCAAGAGAUGAUUUCAAGGCCAGAGCUAGAAUCAUGGCUGAUGAAUACAACUGGGAUGUUACCGAUGCUAGAAAGAUUUGGUGUUUCGGUCCAGAUGGCACUGGUCCAAACUUAGUUGUUGACCAAACCAAGGCUGUUCAAUACUUAAACGAAAUCAAGGAUUCCGUUGUUGCAGCUUUCCAAUGGGCUACCAAGGAAGGUCCAAUUUUCGGUGAAGAAAUGAGAUCUGUUAGAAUUAACAUCUUAGAUGUUACCUUACACGCUGAUGCUAUUCACAGAGGUGGUGGUCAAAUUAUUCCAACCAUGAGAAGAGCCACCUAUGCCGGUUUCUUAUUAGCUGAACCAAAGAUUCAAGAACCAGUCUUCUUAGUCGAAAUUCAAUGUCCAGAAUCCGCUGUUGGUGGUAUCUACUCUGUCUUAAACAAGAAGAGAGGUCAAGUUGUUUCGGAGGAACAAAGACCAGGUACUCCGUUAUUCACUGUCAAGGCUUACUUACCAGUCAACGAAUCCUUCGGUUUCACCGGUGAAUUAAGACAAGCUACUGGUGGUCAAGCUUUCCCACAAAUGGUUUUCGACCACUGGUCCACUUUGGGUUCUGAUCCAUUAGACCCAACCACCAAGGCUGGUGAAAUUGUUGUUGAAGCCAGAAAGAGACACGGUAUGAAGGAGGAAGUUCCAGGUUGGCAAGAAUACUACGACAAAUUGUGA